GUGUUGGUGGCUGUGCGUGUGCGAGCGUGAAUAAAAAACAGCCGGCGGCAGCGGCGGCAACAGAAGCGGCAGAAAUCAGUUUUCGCAAUAAAAAUAAACGCGAGCUAUAUCUGGCUGAAAGUCGUGCCCAGAAUUUUCACUUCCACUUCGGUUAACGUUAGACUUCUGUCAUCAUGUUCUGACCACACAGCUUACAACGUCCAACGCGCUCAGGAGUUGCCUUUAUCAAAGAACCCCCGCCUUCUCGGUGCUCUCCUUGUUGAAGACCGUCGCGUGUUUUUCCGCUUAGAUUAAAAAACGCUGAAGCACUCGUAGUUCCCUAAGAAACCAUUGAAAAUGAGACAACUAGUCAGACGAUUUAUGGACCACCAGUAUCUGACGCAGGAGCAGAUCAAUGGGUUCGACAACUACAAGUACAGUGCCAUUGAUACCUCACCGCUGAGUCAGUAUGUGAUGCAUCCUUUUUGGGAUUGGCUAGUUAAGUUCUUUCCGCGCUGGUUUGCGCCCAACCUGAUGACCUUUCUGGGCUUCCUGUUCAGCGCCAUGAACCUAGUGCUGCUCUCCUACUAUGACUGGAACUUUGAAGCCAGUUCCGGCGAGGAGGGCACCACCCCCAUUCCGUCGUGGGUCUGGCUCUGCACAGCCAUCAAUAUCUUUUUAGCUUACACGCUGGACGGGAUUGAUGGCAAACAAGCACGCCGCAUUGGAUUAUCUGGUCCGCUGGGAGAGCUCUUCGAUCACGGGUUGGAUUCAUAUACCGCCAUGUUGAUCCCGACGUGCCUGUACAGCAUUUUUGGACGCAGCCGCGUGUAUUCGGUGCGACCCAUGAGGAUGUACUACGUGUGCCUAACAGUAUACUUCAACUUCUUCGUUUCGCACUGGGAGAAGUAUAACACAGGCAUCCUCUAUUUGCCCUGGGGUUAUGACCUCAGCAUGUGGGGCAGCACCGCCAUGUACCUAGUCACCUGGUGGUUGGGUUACGAACGCUGGAAGUUUGAACUACCGCUGGGAUCCUACGGAACCCUGCCAUUGGGCAAUGUCAUGGAGGCAGUGUUGCAUGUCAGUGCUAUGGCGAAUCUUCCACUAGUCAUUAUUAACGUCUACAACUCCUAUGCGCAUCGCACAGGUCGCCUACUAUCUUUUUGGGAGGCCGUUCGACCCAUGUGGCCCUUCUUCACCUACUUUGUCAUUCUGCUCGCCUGGCCAUAUGUAUCGCCGAACGACAUCAUGGAAAAGGAUCCUCGCGCUAUUUUCAUGCUGAGCGGCACAAUCUUUUCCAACGUCAGCUGUCGUUUGAUUGUCUCCCAAAUGUCCGUGACAAGAUGUGAGGCGUGGCAUUGGCAGACGCCAAUGUUUGUCAUAUCCUUCUUGACGAGCCUGUGGAUUCCGCUGCUGGAAAGGCCUUUGCUGUACUUGCUUCUGAUUGUGACCACAUUGAGUCACUGGCAAUACGGGGCCAGCGUGGUAAACCAGAUGUGCGAGCAUUUCAACCGGGUCUGCUUUACGGUCCACAAGCGAAUGCCGCAAGAAGAGCUCUCUAAGAAGAAGGCUCUGCUGGCAGAGAAAAUCAAUCAGGCAGAUAAACCACAAACGGAGGAGCCAUUGAAGAAAGAGAAAUAAGGCAUCGGAUUGGGUUUUUUUUGGAUUAGUUGCGAGUUAUUUUGCAAGUUUUUCUGUAUAUCAAGGAGGCUGUUUAGUUAAACAAUUCUUGUGAGAUUAUGUAUAAUUUGUCUUAGUUAGAAUAUAUCUAAAAAUUGACUAUAGUGCUACAUUAACAUUGGAGCUUGUUGGCACAUUUCCAAUGACUAUUUACGUAAUGCUCUCUUCCAAUGAUAAUUUGUAAACUCUACAGUUAAAUCCGAACUUGACGUUAUCUGUAUUGUAUCCAAACUUCAAUGACCCCUUGUAGAUCAAUGGAAUUUACGAGUAAUCAUGACAAGUGAUCUGAUCUGCUGCUAAGAUAUGAAAUAAGUAUAGUUAGUAGGCUAAAAUAGCGGCCAGGCAUGUUCCAGUCCAUAAACUCAGCUCAACUAUGCAACAGAGCGGCUUACUACUUGUUCUAGCCUUCAGCUAUCCAACUUCAGUGCAAAGGUUACGCAAAAUCCUUAUAUUUUAAAAACGCUUGCUUCCGCUGACCUUGAUAGCAAUCAAUGUUUUAUAUUCGUCUAGACGUAAUCGAAUAAUUAUUUCCACGCUUAAUUUAUUUUAUUUCCAUUGUACAAGUUUUAAAUGCUCCACAAACACGAAUACACGAACACCAACUUUUCUAACUAAAUAACCGCAAAGACCUCUAAUUAUUUAAACACAUAAGCAUAGUCGUUAUUUUUAAACCAAAUCCCAAUGUCAUUCAACUGUAAUGUGACGUCGUCCAUAGCGCCACUGCACGCUUUAUUGUAUGGAAUCUAUUCAUGUACCCCAAAACCGGGCUACCUCGCCCCACACAUUGUGUUAAAGACAAGACAGUAUACAAAUAAAACAAAAAACCAAA